AUGCGUCUUCUGAAGCGCUCGCCAAGCGGUGGCUUCGGUCUGGUAUCUCUCAGCUGCGGCGACCCCCCUCCGUACGCAAUACUCUCGCAUACAUGGAAGGAAGGCCAGGAAGUCACGUACAACGAGCUGGUAGCUGGCACAGGCAAGGACAAGACUGGCUACGCCAAGAUCCGCUUCUGCAGCAAGCGAGCUGCAGAGGACGGCCUUGAGUACUGCUGGGUUGACACCUGCUGCAUCGACAAGUCUACCAGCGAUGAGCUCAGCACGGCGAUCAACUCCAUGUUCCGCUGGUACCAGCGCGCGUCCAAGUGCUAUGUAUACCUGUCCGACGUCUCAGUGCCGGACGAGAUCGCCGACGCUGAGGCCUUUCCGAUAACCUGGCAAGAAGCCUUUCGACGCAGUCGAUGGUUCACGCGAGGCUGGACGUUGCAGGAGCUCCUGGCGCCAUCCAGCGUCGAGUUCUUCUGUAAGCAGGGCAAGCGGCUGGGCAGCAAGGUAUCGCUGGAGCAAGAAAUCCACGAGAUCACCAAGAUACCUUUCGCGGCUCUAAGAGGACAAAGUCUUGCCGAGUUCAGUAUCGAGGAUCGAAUGAGCUGGGCGGCCAGACGCACAACGGCGCUGAAGGAGGACAAAGUGUACUGUUUGUUGGGCAUCUUUGGCGUGUUCCUGUCACUCAUCUACGGAGAAGGCGAAGCAUACGCCACGCUGCGGCUGAAGGAGGAAAUACAGAAGCGGCAAGAGGGCCGCGGUACUGGCAGCUCGCGCAAUUUGUCUGUACUCUCGUCGCUACCUUUCCCCCGAAACGAACUCUUCGUUGGACGAACAGACGAGCUCCGGUCUCUCGAACAGUACCUCCUUGUCCCUAACACGCACCGGCGGAGGACAAUAUACGGGCUGGGAGGGUGCGGAAAGUCAGCGCUUGCCAUCGAGUUUGCAUAUCGUGCGCUGGCAACGCGCGCUAGACUGUUGUUCUGGGUGCCUGCGAUCAGUCAAGAGAGCUUCGAGCUUGCAUAUCGGGAGAUCGGGGUCCGCCUCCGCAUCCCAGGUAUUGCUGAUGACAAUGCGGAUGUGAAGAAGCUUGUUCAGGAGACGCUAAGCUCAGAAGGUGCAGACGAUUGGCUGAUGAUCGUCGACAAUGUUGAUGACCAUGAGGUACUGCUCAGCAAGACGAACAGCGGUUCGAAGCCGACUCGACUCAGCGACUACCUCCCACGCAGCGAUAGAGGCGCGAUACUUUUCACGACUCGGAGCAGGAAGGUGGCUGGGGCUUUGACGCCAAGUAGCGUCUUGAGGCUGGAUGACAUGAGCAAGGGCGAAGCUAGGCAGCUGCUGACACAACAGACAACGGAGCAGGCUUUGUGUGGUGAUGAGACCGCUGUUGACGAGCUGCUGGAGACGCUCACAUGCCUGCCGCUUGCUAUUGUGCAGGCUGCCGCUUUUAUGAACACUAACGACGUGUCCGUAUCUGGCUACCUAGCCUUGUUUCGAGAUGCUGAUGCGCAGGCGGAACUCUUCAACGAGUGCUUUGCAGAUCCAAGCAGAUAUGCUGAGUUGGACAGCACAAUCGCCAAGACGUGGCAUAUCUCCUUUGAUCAGGUACGGAAGCAAGAUCCUCUUGCUGCAGAGUACCUCUCGUUCAUGUCGUGCAUCGACCGCGUCAAUAUUCCACAGUUGCUACUGCCUCCCGGGGCCUCCAUGGUACAGCAGACGAAAGCGCUGGGAACACUGACUGGCUACGCGUUCAUUACAGAGCGCCUGCAAACGACACAAGAGUCAGACAAAGACAGAUUUUUCGAUAUGCAUCGACUGGUGCACAUGACAUCUGCCUGCUGGCUAGACGCACACGGUGAGCGUGCAGUGUGGGUGGAUGCAGCGGUAGCGCGGCUCGAGGAGCUAGUGCCGUAUGGGGGCCACGAGUUCAAGGUGUGGACGGCGUAUCUGCCGCACGCAAUCCACGUGGCUGGAAUGCACGGUAUAGUAGACGAAGCGGCUAGCGCUGGGCUUUUAGAUCGCGUAGGGCGGUGUCAAGCGAGCUUUGGACAGUACUCGGCAGCAGAGACAACACACCGACAAGCGUUAUCGCUGAGAGAGGAGGUGUUGGGAGAGAAGCAUCCAGACACGCUGAUGAGCAUGAACAACGUAGCAACAGCACUCAGCGGUCAGGGACAGUAUAUUAAGGCAGAGAAGAUGCUUCGCAAGACGCUCGAGCUAAGAGAGGAGGUGCUGGGAGAGAAGCACCCAAGCACCCUGGUGAGCAUGAACAACCUAGCGGUAGCACUUAACGAGCAGGGAGACUAUGCUGAGGCAGAGAAGAUGCAUCGCGAGACAUUCAAGCUGAGAAAGGGGGUGUUGGGAGAGAAGCAUCCAGACACGCUGGUGAGCAUGAACAACGUAGCAACAGCACUCAGCGGUCAGGGACAGUAUAUUAAGGCAGAGAAGAUGCUUCGCAAGACGCUCGAGCUAAGGGAGGAGGUGCUGGGAGAGAAGCACCCAAGCACCCUGGCGGGCAUGAACAACCUAGCAGAAGCACUUAGCAGUCAGGGAAAGUACGUGGAGGCAGAGAAGAUGCAUCGCAAGACGUUCGAGCUGAGCAAGGAGGUGUUGGGAGAGAAGCACCCAAGCACGCUGGCGAGUAUGAACAAUCUUGCUUGCCUUCUUGUAAAGCUGCUUCGCUACGAUGACUCCGGCAAUCUGUACGAGCAAGCAUGCGCUGCAUACGUCACUGUUCUCGGGAAGAACCACCCGACGACCCGCACCUGUCACAAAAACUAUCGCCAGAUGCUUGCGUUGCAAGAGCAGGACCGCAUACCGUUUACUCCUGGCAGGCCGGAAAGUAGUGCAGGCAUGCGCACCAGUAAAAGAUCAAGGAUCAUACGUGGGCUAGCGAAGGUGGGUAUCCGCACAUCGAAACUCCACAUAGAUUAGCGGAACUUGAAGUGUGAUUGUAUAUACCUCACUCAUCUGUCUAAGAUCGACUUUUUGGCUGUGUUGAUUCAUUGCUAGGAUCUAUCUGAGCUGACUAGUAUGUCUUAUAAAGGGACAAUAUAAAUGAGUAACCUCCGUCCCCACGUGCCGGGACGCCCGGUGUAACGGGACAAUAUUUCUUCGGGACGGUCGGAUCGCCUGCAACAUCCU